UUUGAUAUUUGUUUGCAAACAACUAUGUUGCUAAGCAACAUAGAAUUAUAACAUUAAUAAAAUUGAUGAGAAACAUACGAUUAAUUACUUAAAAUUAAACAUUAGAAGAUGUCUGCAACCUCACCGAAGAAACAAGGAUGGAUGGAUGAAUUUAAGAAAUCGUCUAGUAAGAAAAAUGUUUUUGAAAAUAUAGAAAAAGAUCGGUUCCUAAAUUCAUUGGAUAACACUAAUGAAAUUGAAAUCCCCGAAAUCGAUGAUGUUGAAAUGGAUGAAAAAAUUAAUGAGCCGGUUCAGAAUAAAAGCGCUUAUAAGAAGGAACUGAAUGUUGAGAUUUUAAAAAGCAGCAGCAUUAGUUUUGAUGAUAAAGUUGACUUGACAAUUUUACUUGAAGUUCUUGAAAAUGAGAGUGAUAUAGAAGAAAAAGACGAUGUUUGGAGUUGGAAUCAACUAUUUACGAAAGUAACAGCUGAAAUUGCAGAUGAGAAAUAAAAUCAAAAAAUUGCAAAAAAUAUUUAUGACUUAAUUACUUUAUUUUUAAAAAUAACCAAAAUAACAUCAAUAAAUUAUCACUUUUUAAAUUUCUAGCUUUUUAAUUAUUUUGAAAGUGAAUAUUAUUUUCAUCAUCUAUUACUACUCCUUCUGUAAUUUUUUCCUCCGAUUUAUCGCUGCGUUCAUUAUUCUUUGGCAUUAAUCCAUCAUCACCUACUUUAUCAAUGAUUUUGCAUACAAGUGGGCUUUCCACUCCCAAUACAUAAUUACAAACUGUUGGUUCCAACAAGUAUAGUGAGACCUGUGAUGCUGAUUGUGAGUUUUCCAAACAUUUUAAUAUAACUUCAACUUGUCUGAAUUUUCCAGUCUUAUCACAGACACUACCUUUUGAAUAUAAGUUUGUAAUUUGCUUUCUUUGAGUCUUUGCUUUUGGUCUUUUUUCUGGAUGUGUGUUGAGAAAAUCUUGAUGCAUGCUUUCAUCAAACGUUCCCAACAUAAUUGUGGUUUUUCCACCAAAUUUGUCAACAUGAUAUUGUUUAACAUAUUUUCCAUAACAAAAUUCAUAUUUCCACCAACCAGUUCCUCCAGUUAAGCAUGUUUUACCUGACAAGAAACUUUCGACUAUUGAUGUGUCUUCUGGCGUUGUAGAAAAUUGAGAAUAUGGCUUUUUUGUCUUUUCUCCACUCUCAAUCUUUCCAAAAAUGUCUUCAAUUUGUUUAGCACUUACAUCUUCAACGAGCUCCAUUGUGAGCUUUCCAUCCUUUGAUUUUAAAAAAAAUAUGAAUGAAUUUAAUGUUUUAAUAGUGAAAAUUCUAUUAAAUAAAAAUAGCGUGAGUAAAAACAAGCAAUUCUACAAAAUAAAACUUCCUACCUUUGAGUCUAACUUAAACACUGCUAUAGCUUCUUUAAGACCCUUAUUUACAUCCUAAUUAAUUUGUGAAAACAAAAUAGUUUAACUAAAAUAUAUCAAGCACCUUUUUAAGGAAUAAAUAAUAAGGAGCAAUCUAUCACAAAACAAUCUAAAUAAACAAACGGAAAAGUGACACAAUAAAUUUUUCACUAACCAUCAAUUUUUGAUAGCGAAGCUUCAUACUUUCAACUUCCAUUCCCAAAAGACUUUUAGGUUUCUUCGGGGAAUUCUCGAGCGGGAUACAAUUAAUAGCAUUUUCAGUCGUUUCCUGGAUCUUAUAUUUGGGAUGAAGGCAUAAUGUAGGAGUCAAGACAACAAUCUCAUAGUUGCAAGUUGAUGUUUCUUUUAAUGAAUAUAUUUCAUUUUUACCGUGUGCAUAACAGACAUACAGAACUCUUGUGAUUCUCGGUUCAUUAUUUAAAUCACAGAGAGUACCAUCAAUCAUCUCAACUUCAAAAUAUGGUAAAUUUAAGCCAUCAAUUUUUUUGUAUUUUAAUUUUUCAUCUCUAUUCGCUUCCAAUUUUUUCCUUAACUCCUCAGUCAACAAUUUAUUCCAUUUACCUAGAUAAUAUUCCUGAAGCUUUGUUGUCUUUCCAUCACGCUCUUCAUGAUACUGUUUAAUGUAAUUUCCAUGGCAUAUUUCAUAAGUCCAAUAUGAUUCGAUUCUAUAGGAACAGACAUCGCCUUUAAACAAAGGUUCUAAAUAAUCUAAAACUGAUGUUUCCAAUGUAGUUUUCUCUAAUUCACCAUUUUUGUUUGCUAAUUUUGGUAAAUGACAUUGAUAUUUUUCAUUUAUAUGUGUAGUCACCAAAGUCGAUUCCUCUUCAUUUGUUAAUAACUAAGAUAUUAUCAGAUUAUAUAUUACGUUUGUGUUUAUAAUAAAAUUAAGUAACUUACAAAAUUAUUUCCAGGAAAAUUUAAUGAAAAUAAAAUAUUAUCAUCAAAUCCCUUAAAAUCAUUACCAAAAACUUGUUGUGUAGAAGAAAUGACUAAUGCUAAUACAUAUCCGAUGAUGUGGUAUUUUUUCAUCUCAAUAAAACCUUUAAAAGGCAAAGGAACUUCCUCAAUUAAUUAAAUUUUCAAACAAAAAAUCCACGCAAGAUAAAAACAAACUUGAAAGGUUGCACGUAAAAAUAAAAGCCUCUUUAAUUCAAAAAAUCGUUAUUUUUUUAAAUCAAAAAAAGUUUCAAAUUGAAUGUUUUGUUUAAAAAGUGAGGUUUAUUAAGAAACUUAAAUUAACUAGAUAUUACGUGUUAUUUGAAUAUUAAUUAUCAUUACCUAGACACAUUGUGGUGUAAUUAACAGCUAGAAAAUCAAUGUUACUGAAAAAAUGACUUCUAAUAAUAUAAAAGUUUCGAUUAAAAUUCGACCGCUAAUUCAACGAGAAAAAAAUGACAAUCUUCCUUCAUUAUGGUCAUUAAUUGAUGAAAAUACUAUUAAGUCUAAUAAUAAAGAAUACAAGCUUAGUUUUGAUCACAUAUUUGAAGAAAACAGGAAGACUGAAGAGAUAUUCAAUAUAGUUGCUAAGCCGAUCGUUGAAAAUGCUGUGAAAGGAAUUAAUGGAACAAUUUUUGCUUAUGGACAAACUUCGUCUGGAAAGACCUAUUGCAUGAUGGGAACUGAAGAGGAGCCUGGAAUUAUUCCACUGACUGUAAAUGAGAUCUUUAGGCAAAUAGAAUUGACCGAAGACCGUGAAUUUUUAAUUCGUGUUGGCUACAUUGAAAUUUAUAAUGAGAAAAUAUACGAUCUUCUGCUGGAAAAUAAGGCCGAAAUUUGUAAGGUCCACGAAACAUCUGGAGAAGUGGUUGUGAAUCAGACGGAGAUAGUUACAUCGUCUAUCCAACAUAUUUUGGAAAGUUAUGAUAAAGGAAAUAAGGGAAGAAGAGUGGGCGAAACAUGCAUGAAUGAACGGUCUAGCAGAUCACAUACUCUUUUUAAAAUUAUAAUCGAAUCGCAUGAGAAUGGAAGUAAAGAUGGUGUUUUUCAAGUUUCAACAUUAAAUUUAGUUGAUCUUGCUGGUUCGGAACGAGUUGAUCAAACAAAAGCAACAGGAGAACGAUUGCGAGAAGGGGGCCAUAUAAAUAAGAGCUUACUAUCUCUUAGUAAAGUCAUUCGAGAACUGAGUGAUUUGAAUGAUGAAAAAUCCAAAAAUACUGAUGGUAUCAAAUACAUCAAUUAUCGAGAUUCAAAAUUAACAAGAAUACUAUCUGCUAGUCUUGGUGGUAACGCAAUGACGGCCAUAAUUUGCACAAUUACGCCUGUCGCUUUAGAAGAGACAUAUUCUACCUUAAUGUUUGCAAGCAAUGCGAAAAAAAUCAAGAAUCAGCCAAAGGUUAAUGAGACGGUUUCCGAUAAAGUUAUUAUGACUCGAUUGCAAAAAGAAAUAUCUGAAUUAAAGGGUAAAUUGGAAGAAGAAAGAUCUAAGAACUCUGAAGUGUCCAAAAUUCAAAAAUUAAUAUCUCAAAUUUUUGAUCGAGAAAGUCAAAUCAUUCACUUUCAACCAGGAAAAAUUUCAAAGUCAGUUGAUGCUAAUCGUCGACGAACAUGGAUGUGUCCUACAACACUUGACAAGACUACUGAAGAAAUGCAUCCUUUAGCAAAGAAUAAUUUGAUGGCACCGCCACCUUUUAUAUUAAAACAAAAUUCAGUAUCUCCAAAUCCUGAAGAAAUCUUUUCCUCUAGUGAUGACUUCCUCUCAAAUGAAAUUUUUCAAUCUCCAGAUAAAAUACAGUUUGAAAAGCAGAUGAUUUUUUCUAGUUCAAGAAGAAAUACUUUAAGAAAUUUUUCGCCAAGUCAAAUUCGUACUCCUAGAAGUCUAAAAACCAUUGUUGAGGUAGAUUCGCCGCAAAUUGGGAAACCUAAAAGUAUUAAUGAUGAAAAUGGAAUUUUAAAGGCUCGUAUAAGAUAUCUGGAAAAUGAAUUGGAAGAGUUACAGGAUUUCAAAACGCUUGAAGAAAACAUAAUGUCAUCAAUUAGUACCGACGACAUAAAAAUUUUAGAAGAAAAUUUUGAGCGUACAAAACAACAAUUAUUUGAAAGUGAACAAAAAGUUGAUAUGCUUGAAAAUGAUAUGAUGGAUAAAAUGAUUGAGAUUGAAAAUUUAAAGGAUUUGAAGGAAAAGUUUGAUUCCAUGACAGUGGAAUUAAACGAAGCUAAUCAGAAAAAACAAAAUGCGGAAAAUAUUCUUGAAAGUGUAAAAUAUGAAUAUGAACAGGCACAAAUUAAGUUUAAAAAUCGUGAAAAAGACUUGAUUAAUUUAUUGGAGGAAGCGAGGACUGAAUCUACAGAAAAUGACAAAGUCUUAAAGGAAAAAAUUAAAAAUCUCGAACAGAUUCUUCGUAAGACCGAAGAAGAUCUUCAUGCAUUAGAGACACAGAAAAUGGCCAAUCAAACUGAAAAGAUGACUGACUCUGGUAAGUUAACAGACAUGAAAAAUAACAUAAAAGAUUUAGAAAUUAAAUUAGAGUUGGCAAUAAAAGAAAGAGAAAGAUCAGUGCAAGCAUUAAACGACAAAAAUAGUGAAUUAGAAACUUUGUCAGACCAAAUAGUUGAAUCUGUUCAGGAAAUCGAUAGUCUUGAAGAUCGUCUUAAAAAAAUGGAUGAGUUAUUAAAACUGAAGGAUAAUGAGUUUGGAGAACUUACUUUAAAAUUAACAGACCUCGAGAAAAUUUCUAAUCGCUAUCAAAAGAUCCAAAAAAUUAUUGCCACUGAAGAGACAGUUCCUGAAUUUGUUUGCGAUGACAAUGACGACACGUAUAAAUGUAUUGCUGAAUUAAAGCAAACUGCAAAUAAAACUGAGUCUUUAGUAAUGGAAAAUAAGCUCCUAAUUAGUCAGAUUGCCGAAAAUAAUCGCAUAAAUGAAGAAGUUGAGAAUCUAAGAAAACAAAUAUCUGAACUGGAAGAUUCAAUCCAAAACAAAAAUACUGAAAACGAAAAACUUUUGGAGCAUGAAAAUAUGACUAAUAGACUCGAGAAAAUACAAAAUUUAUUACUAAGCGAAGAACCGUCAAUGAAUGAUGACGAUAAUGAUGAUAUAUGCAAGCUUAUUAUUAAGCUACAUAAAAAUUCGAUAAGUUUGGGUGCAAAUAAUUUAAAUAUUUUAGAUCAAAUCAAUGAAAAUCAAGAUUCAAGUACGGAUAUUGAAAAUUUAAAAAAGAAAAUAACUGAUUUGGAAGAAGAAGUAAAAUUGAGAGAAAGCCAAAAGGAAUGUCUGCAAUCAAAAUUAUUAGAACUAGAGAAUAUAGCUUGUCAUUAUCAAAAAGUACGAGAUUCAUUACAAUCAACUGAAGAACCAUUAUUAGAAAAUAGUGAUGUAAUUAAACAGAUAUCUGAUUUACAUAGAAUGGCAAGUAGGACGGAACUGCUAGAGAAUGAAAAAGCUCAAUUAUUAAAUGAAAUUGCUGAAAUACGUCAGUCCGCAGAGAUUUUAACAGAAAAAUUACAAAAUCAAACUCUAUCUGAGGCCGAGUAUCAGCUACGCGAAAAAAUUGAUGCUUUAGAAGUGGAAUUAAAGGAAGCAAACGAGCGGUUUGACGAGCAAAUUGUAAAGAAUAAUGACAUUGAAUCUAAUAAUUUGGAUCUCCAAAUUAAGAUUGAGGAAGUUCUGGAAGAAAAGGAAAAUUUACUAUCUCAGCUUGAGGAAUUUAAAAGUAAAAAUGAAGUAUCUGCAUGCACUAAUUGUGAUAAAAUUCAGGACAUGUUGAAUGAUUCUACCAAUAAAAUUCAUGCAUACGAAAUCGAAAUUUCACAAUUAACUUCCAAACUCGAUGAAGCAAAUAUUCAGAACACAGAGCUUCUCAAAUCCAAUAAGAAUCAUACCGACCAGAUACUUAAUAUUGAAGCAGAAUUAAAAGAAGUAAAGGAACAGUCUAAUGAACGUGCCAGUCAUGAAAAUAAUAAUUAUUCGAAGGAUACAACAAUAAUUGAUUUCCAACAGAAAUAUGAAGAGGUCCUUAAAGAAAAAGAUGAUUUGAUUGUAAAAGUUGUAAUGUUAGAUGGAGAUGUUAAGUUCAAAACUAAUGAGCUUACAAAACUUCAUGAUCAGCUGGAUGAAAAUGUUAAGAGAAUCCAAGAAUUUGAGAAUGAAAUAUACAAAUUAUCCCUUAAACUUGAUGAUGCCAAAAUCGAAACAGCCAAAGAGAUGGAAUCAAAAGCAGAUUUGCAAGCCAAAGUAGAUGAAGUUAACGAAAGUUCUUUGGCUGUGAUCGAGCAAUUGAAUUUUGAUUUACUUUCAAAAACUAAUGAGAUUUGUGAAUUAGAAGUUCAGCUGAGUGAGAAAACAAAGAAAAUCACUGAAUGUGAGACUGAAAUCGCACAGCUUAAUUCUAAAUACUCGACAGGAACUGAGUCAAGUUCUGACUUGCACACACAGAUGGAAGAGAUUAUUCAAGUAAGGGAAAGUUUGUUGACUCAAGUUGAGCAGUUGAAGGAAAUUAUCGGAUCUAAAGACAGUGAACUUGUCGUGCUCAAAGAACAAAUGGAUGUAUUAGCCAAGAAAAAUGAUCGGUGUGAAGAAGAAAUCGCACAGCUCAGUUCUAAAUCCUCGACAGCAACUGAGUCAAGUUCUGACUUGCACACACAGAUGGAAGAGAUUAUUCAAGUGAGGGAAAGUUUGUUGACUCAAGUUGAGCAGUUGAAGGAAAUUAUCGGAUCUAAAGACAGUGAACUUGUCGUGCUCAAAGAACAAAUGAAUGAAUAUGCGAAGAAAAAUUAUCAAUAUGAAGAAGAAAUCGCACAGCUCAAUUCUAAAUACUCGGCAGCAACUGAGUCAAGUUCUGACUUGCACACACAGAUGGAAGAGAUUAUUCAAGUAAAGGAAAGUUUGUUGUCUCAAGUUGAGCAGUUAAAAGAAAUUAUCGGAUCUAAAGACAGUGAACUUGUCGUGCUCAAAGAGCAAAUGAAUGAAUAUGCGAAGAAAAAUUAUCAAUAUGAAGAAGAAAUCGCACAGCUCAAUUCUAAAUACUCGACAGCAACUGAGUCAAGUUCCGACUUGCACACACAGAUGGAAGAGAUUAUUCAAUUAAAGGAAAGUUUGUUGUCUCAAGUUGAGCAGUUAAAGGAAAUUAUCGGAUCUAAAGACAGUGAACUUGUCGUGCUCAAAGAACAAAUGAAUGAAUAUGCUAAGAAAAUUAGUGAUUAUGAAAAUGAAAUAUCACAAUUGACUUUCAAAUACAACGAAAUCAACAAUCAAAAUACAAGACUGCAGGAAUUGAAUUCAGAUUAUAUGCAUCAAGUAUCCAAAUUAGGUGCUGAAUUAACAAAUAGUCAGUCACAAAAUUUAUUAAAAGAGGAAGAAUUUAAGAAUCUUCAAAAAGAACUUUCACAAAUAAAUGAUCAAAUAAAACAGAAAGUAAAGGAAUGUGAGGAGCUGAAAAUUAGAUAUCGACGUCGAUCUGAGGACAAUGAGCGUAAACAUAAUGAAUUAGAGAUGGCAAAUACUAAACUGUUGCAAGAAGUAGGGGCAGCAGAAGCGAUUAGAACAUCCAUUGAAAACGAUCUAAAGAAAAUGAAGGAAGAGUAUGACCAAAUACGUGAUUAUAAUAAGUCAUUAAAGGAAGAAAAUAACAACCAUGAUAUGAAGUACACAAUUCUUGAUCAGAAGUAUAGUCAACUUAGUGCUAUUAAUUUGAAAUUAGAAGAAAAGGUGAAAGACUUAAAGAAAAUAAUUGAAUCUAAAAAUAACGAAGUCAUAAAGAAGCUCGAGAAGGAAAUAAUUGAAUUGAAUGCAAAGCUAUGGAAAAAAACGACUGAGAAUGAAAGUAAAGCUGCAAUUAUCAAAGAAUUGAAUCAAAAGUGUGAACUGUUGGUAAAAGAAGUGGAAGAAAAUCAAUUAAAGACUAAAAAAUCUUUCAGUCCACCGCAUCGUCGUAGCGAUGAAAAGGAACUGUUUGCUCCUCAGCAUAUGCUCAAUGUUGACUCAAGCACACCUUCUCGUACAGUGAAAUCAAAUAUUGAAAGGAAAACUCGUCGCCAAAGCGUUUAUGAUGAAAGACGUGAUUUAUCAGCAUGGGAACUGAUACAAUCUAACUCAACACAAACAGAUCCUGUCGAUAAACUGUGUCGCUGUGAUGAACUUGAUGAAUUAAUUAAGGAAUUGAGAGUUGAAUUACGUUUUCGUGAUAUUAAGAUUGCAAACAAUCAGAGAAUGGCUAACAUUAAUAUUUAUAAAUAUCAAUUGGAAGAUGCUAAGCUGGAAUAUCAGAAAGAAAAACGAGAAAAUAAUAAAUUAAGAGAUAUCAAAGAAAAUCUAGAGGAAAAGUUGCACAGUGCUAAGUCCAAAAUUCAGGAGCUAGAAAGGAGCAAGCGAUCUUUAGAGGGCAUAUCUAAAAGUGCUCAAACUGAGUAUAAUGUUAUUCUUAAGGAUGAGUAUGAAAAGGUUGUUUAUGAAAAGAACGUGCUAGAGAAGAAGCUGAACGAAGUUAAGCUCCAAUUGAGCCAGGAAAAGAAACUCUCGGAAAAAGAAAAUUUAAGUCUUAACACAAGACAGCUCCAAAAUAUCCCUUCGAAUGAAAAUGACAUGUCUGAUAGAUCAAAUAGUAUAAAACUUGAUUAUGAUAUCUUGUCAAAUGAUUAUAAAACAUUGCAAAAGAAGUAUGAUACAGCAAAAAGAUUAUGCAAUUUAAGACAAGAUGAUUUAAAUAAAUUACGGGAUGAGCUGCAAAAUCAAACCUUAAUAACUGAGAAAAUGGUAACAAAAUACGAGAAGGCAAAGCAACUUUUAGAGAUUAGAAUGGAAAAAAUUCGUAAUUUACGCGAGCAACUUGGAGAAACUCAAGAUCCUAAAGAAUUUACUGAUUUCACUGCAACACACUAAUUUAACUUCGAUAUGAAUAUUUGUUAAAUUAAAAGUACAGUACUUAAGACUAAUCAUGUUAUACACAAGAAUGUAAUUAAAACAAUAAAAAUAUUUCAAAUCUUCAUUGUUUAUUGUAAUUAAAUGAUAAAUCGAGUAUGUUUAUUUAAAGGACUAAUAUUUCGUAACGGUUGCUGUUUAAUUCUUUUUCUUCAUAAGCUAUAUAACAGACUUGAUGACUUGGCUGUAAAACAAAACAAAUUAAAUACAGUUCGAUUUUUGUUGUUUCUUAAAAAACGUACUUGAAUUUUUCCACAAACUAAUGAUUCCUCGUACUUAUAUCUUCCUACAUAAAGUGGUUCUGAAUAAACUUCAGAGUAACCACAACGAAAAGCAUUUUGUGGAUAACUUCCAGAAUCAGCAAUGGCCCAAUUGGCAUCUCCUUCUGAGCACAAAAUCUCGAAAUCAUCUUUUCUGUUUGAAAC